AUGAAGUCCGAAACAUCUGUUCGAUAUACAGAAAUCGAGCACUCGCUUAGCUUCUGGCAAGCAGCCAGACUAUACUAUCCAGCAGCACUAUGGGUCCUCUACGUCAACCUUGCAACCGUUCUCAAAGGUAUGGAUGGAGGUAUCACUGGAAGUCUGAUUGGCCUUGACCCAUUCAAGAAGACAUAUGGACAUCCUUACAACGAUACCUAUGUCGUUCCCGCUGCCUGGGUUAGUGCUUUUGGCUACGCAAACAAUAUUGGUGGUGUCCUUGGUGCUCUGUUUUCUGGUGUCGUUUACGAGAGAUGGGGUCCGAGGAAGAUGAUUGCGGCGUGCUCUCUGGGUUCGAUUGGAAUUAUCUUUAUCCAAUUCUUCAGUACUACACCUGCACAGCUGUUCGUGGGCCAAAUGCUCAAUGGCGCCAUCAUCAGUUUCUUCCCUAUAUGUGCAUCGGCAUAUACUGGCGAGGUCUGCCCACUUGCCUUACGAGGCGUGAUGGCCUCAUUGACCAACCUUGCAUUCAUCUGCGGUAAAUUCAUCUCCUCAGGAAUCAUGAAAGGCACAAACACCAUCUCAACCUCCUGGGCCUUCAAGAUCCCCAUCGCCACACAAUGGGCUCUCCCCCUAUUCAUGCUCUCCCUAGUCUACUUCUGCCCCGACCCACCUUACUGGCUCUGCCGCAAAGGCCGCCACGAAGAAGCCGCUCAAUCACUCAAACGCUUUGCAACCACCAAAGUAGACACUUCCCUAACCCUCACCAGCAUCCUCGAAACCUUGCGUCUGGAAGAAUCAUCAAAGCAAGAUCGACCGACCUAUCUCGAUUGUUUCCGCGGCACGGAUCUCAGGCGUUUGGUCAUUUGUGUGAUGGCGUAUGACAUGCAGGCUUUCACGGGCAAUAUGCUAUUCAUCAGCUACGCAGUCUACUUUUUCGAAAUGGCGGGUUUGGACUCUGCGGAUGCGUUUUCGAUGAAUCUCGGUCUCACCGCUCUGGGUUUCGUGGGUACGUGUGCUGCUUGGCCUCUUCUCUCUUACGUUGGAAGGCGUCCUGCAUACCUUUUCGGCACCAUUGGUCUCGCCACGAUCAUGUUCCUCAUCGGAGUCAUUGAUUUUGCACCACGAGCGACUUCAGCGCCGACGUGGGCACAAUGUUCAUUGAUGCUUUUGGCAAACUUGAUCUACGACACCACCAUCGGACCUUUCUGCUACGUCAUGCUAGCCGAAGUGCCAUCAGCCAGACUCCGCGGUCUCACCAUCGCAUUGGCUACCGUAUCCGUCCAAGUGGUGUCCAUCAUCUUCGCUAUAGCAAUUCCUUACGCAAUGAACAAAGACGAGGGCGAUUGGAGAGGCAAAGUGGGCUUUAUAUUCUCUGGUCUAGGGGUUUUGUGCACGCUCUACUGCUUCUUCUUUAUGCCUGAGACACGCAACAGGACGUUUGAGGAACUCGAUGUGUUGUUUGAGCGGAAGGUGUCGAGUAGAGACUUCUCGGCUCACAAGUUUGACGAUGUUGAAACAGAGAGUACAGAGACGGUGUUUGCAGAGAAGCAAUUCGUGUAA